AUGGCUGAAUUUGCUUCUAAUGAUUAGAGUAAUUAAAAUCCUAAAAGGCGUUUGACUGCUAUGGAAAUCAAAAAAUAGUAGAAGUAGAGGAAGAGUCUUGGAUUUUCUCUAGCAAAUACAAAUAUAAUAUCAAGCUAAUAAACAAAUAAGGAAGAUGAAUAAGAUGAAUUGAUUAAAGAAAAAACUAUUUUCAAUGAAAGCAGUGGUAAAACAGUGAAAGAAAUUUUAGGCAAGGGAGAAAAUUCUUCUAAUGAUAUAAUAAGAUAGAAUGUAGGAUAAAUGUCAGGGGAGAAUUCAAACAGUAUGAAGAUGUUUAAUUCAUAAUUCAACAACUUCUACUAAGAAUUCUAUUAAAAUAAUACAACAAUAUAUGAACUAUAAAAAAAACAAUCAAGUUAAUAAAUAUAAAAAAAAGACCAAAAAUAAUAUAUAAUAGACCAGAAAGGAAACUAUCAAUUAAUAAAUGAAGUUUCGUUGAUAUCAGCUGUCAAUUUUGAUUGGUUCAAAGAUAUUUUCUCUUCAACACAACAAUUAAGUGGAUAUGAUACAUCAAAAUUAUCAAAAGAAAGCUUACAGCUUAUAAAAUAAUAAAUAAGAAAUUUACUUUCUACAUAUAAAUACGAAAAGGCUUAGAGUAUACUCUCAGGAUUUAAUUCUUAAUUCAACAAAGAAAAGUCAAUCAUGAAAAACUAAGAAGUGUAUUUGACUAUGAGGGAUUGCUACCAAAAUUUCUUACAAAAUAAAUAACACUUUUAUUAUUACAUAAAUGCAUAGUUUAUUAUACUUUUUAUUCAUGUGUAAAAUGAAGACUCGGGAGUUAGUCAUCAUAAAGCUGAUAAGGAUCGUAUUGUUGCAGUUGUUUGGGCCAAAACUUUAAAGAGUUUCGAUAAAUAUCUUGAAAAUUCUGGCAUUGAAUUUACAGAUAUUUCAGAGCUGUAGAGGAAGUAGUAAGAAGUCUUUUUAUUGUAAGAAAAAAAGAAAAGACUUUAAUAAGAAAAUUUAGAAUACUUCUAAGAUAUUUUGGAAGGAGAUAAAAAUCUCAAUUAAGAUUUAAGGAUAGCUGAAAUGGAGGAAAAUUAUAAUCAAGCCUUCUUAAACAAUUAAAAUUAAAAAUAAAAUAAAUUGAUGCAAGAUGAAAAUAAUGAAGACACAUAAUCUAAUAUGCCCUUUUCAACUUUAAUUGAUAAUUAAUCUACAGUUCUCCUAAUCAAAAAGAAAUAUGUUUAAAGCUUGUGGAACUGCUUAAUUAACUAAAAUUUAGAAACAGAUUAAGAUAGUCAUAGCAGUUUUUAGAAAAUGGAGAUCAUUAGUAACUUUGCUUUUGAGCACUCUUAAAAAUGUAAUUUGAAAGAGUAUUUUAAUGGAUAGAUAAUAUCAAGUGAUGUACAAUAAUACUCAUACUUGCUAGAUGAGAUGGAAGAAAAUUAAUUUAUUUAAAAAUCUUAAUGCAACAAUCUAGAAUAGAUUUUCUAAAUAGAUAAUUCGAAUAAGUUAUACAAUCUAAAGUUAAAAGGAGAAAUUCCAUUCCCACAAAUAAAAGAACUAGUAGGAUUAUUAAAUAAACUUAAUAUUAAUUUUGCUAUCUUUUACUAAGAAAAUCCAUAAACAAAAUAUUUUAAAGGAGACAUUAUAAAAUUUGAUAAUUGA